CCAUUUCUGGACUUUGACUGUUACUAGAGCUGCAGGAUGCUUCUCCAGACUGACAGACUGUCCUCUCAGUUUCCACCCAGACCUCUCAGUGUUUUGGUUUUCCAUCUGCUCCUCACACACUCCUGUAGAGGUCAGUCUCAGUUAAUGGGUCCUCCUCAGCCUAUAGUGGCAACACUUGGACAUGAUGUGAUUUUGCCGUGUCACCUGGAGCCUGAGAUGGAUGUUACUGCAGACACGUUGGAGUGGACGAGAUCCGACUUAAACCCAAUAUUUGUCAACGUGUUGCGUGCUGGUCAGGACCUCCAAAACACCAGAAAUCCUUCCUACAAAGGGAGAACCUCGCUGUUCAGAGAUCAGCUGAAGCAUGGAAACAUUUCACUGAAACUCUCCAAAGUACAACUCUCUGAUCUGGGAACGUAUACAUGUGAUAUUCCUCUAAACUUUAAACAUUCGUUUGUUAAGCUAGUUUUAGCUUCAGGUCCUUCCUCUCCACCUGUCAUCAGUUUAUCAGGGCUGGACGGUCAGAGCGGAGGAGUGGUGCUGCAGUGUGAGUCUGCAGGCUGGUAUCCGGAGCCUGAGGUGUUGUGGCUGGACGCUGAGGGAAAGCUCCUCUCUGCUGGACCUCCAGAGACAGUCAGAGGUCCUGAUGACCUCUAUACUGUCAGCAGCAGAGUGACUUUGGAGAAGAGACACAGCAGCAGCUUCACCUGCAGAGUCCAGCACCACAACACCAACCACACCACACAGACACUCUUCCAGGUUCCAGACGCUUUCUUCAUAGUCCCUUCCAGCUGUUCUGCUUCUUUUGCUGUUAACGGUUUGUUUGGAUUCAUGUUAGUGAUCGCUGCUGUCCUUUUUUUCUGGAAAUGGAGACAAACCAAGAGAGGGACAGAGAGAAACAAUAUGGAUGAAGUUGAUAAAAAAGAAAAUAACUUCUCUAAAGAUGAAGACGAAGAAAUAGUACAUCUGAAGAAGAAAUCAAAGCAGCAGCUGCUUGAGGAAGCUGAGAAAAAAGUCCAGACUCUGAAAAAGGAGCCGAAGGCCAAUAAUAGAAAGGUUGAAUCUAAAGAGUCUGAGCUGCAGGGUCUCCAUGCAGAGAAACAGAGGAACAAGAAGGAGCUGCAGAGCCUGAAGGGAGAUCUGAAGAAAAAGAACAGAGAG